AUGGCUGAUGAGGGUGAAUACAGUUUUUCCCUGACCACUUUUAGUCCGUCUGGAAAACUCGUACAGAUAGAAUAUGCCUUGAAUGGUGUCGCUAAAGGCGCUCCAACAUUAGGUAUAAAGGCUUCCAAUGGUGUUGUGAUUGCGGCUGAAAAAAAACAAACUUCAAGCCUGAUCGAGAGUGAUUCCUUGAACAAGAUCGAUUUUUUUGCAGACCACAUUGGUGCUGUGGCUGCUGGUAUGCCUGCUGAUUUCCGUGUGGUUUUAAGGAAGGGUCGAAAGGAGGCUAUGAAAUAUAAAGCAACUUAUGGAGAUGAUAUUCCUGGUUCGCAACUGGUAAAGGACGUUGCAUCGAUUAUGCAGGAGUUUACACAUACUGGCGGGGUUAGGCCCUUCGGCAUCUCUCUCUUGCUUGCUUCAUAUGACGACGAAGGCCCACAGUUAUAUCAAAUUGACCCCUCUGGAGCUUAUUUUGGGUGGAAGGCCACUGCAAUUGGAAGCAGGAUGGAAAACAAUAACACCUUUCUGGAAAAAAGGUACAGUCCUGAUAUGGAAUUGGAGGACGCUAUUCACAUUGCAAUUUUGACCUUGAAGGAAGGGUUUGAGGGAGAACUCACCUCAGAUAACAUAGAGAUUGGUGUGGUUGGACAGGACAAAAAAUUUAAAAUCCUCCCACCAGAAACCAUUGAUGACUAUUUAAAUGAAGUACAAUAA